AUGUCCACCGAUCGACGCAUCAAGGGGCUCAAGUUGAGACAACGGAGCUUGAUGACGUCAUUCAACGCCAUUGCGAAAUUCGUCGACGACUUCGAUGAAGAACGCGAUGCCAUCGAAGUGCCAGUUCGCCUGGAGAGCAUCAUCAAGCUCUGGGCGGACCUCAACACAGUUCAAUCGGAACUGGAAUCGCAAGAUGGCGUGAAUCUGGAUGAGCAGCUAAAAAUGCGGACGGAAUUUGAGUCUGCCUACUACCGGACCAAGGGAUUUUUGCUGGCGAAAAAUAAAAAUUUUGUUCCGAGUGUCUCUAGUUCUCCUUCAACUAGUCGUGGCCCUUCGUCGUCAUCGCAGGUGCGCUUGCCUGACGUAAAACUACCGGUCUUUAGUGGAAAUUUGGAUAGCUGGUUAAAUUUCCACGAUUUAUUCGUUUCGCUGGUCCACUCGUCAGUAGAACUUUCCAACAUUCAGAAAUUCUACUAUUUGCGUUCGUCAUUAUUGGGUGAAGCUUUGAAGCUGAUUCAAACCAUUCCACUUAGUGCGAACAAUUAUAUGGUGGCUUGGAAUUUGCUUAUCGAACAUUUCCAAAACCCAGCGCGCUUGAAACAAUCGUAUGUCGACGCACUGUUCGAGUUCCCGUCGCUUAAAAGAGAGUCUGCUUUGGAGUUGCAUUCGCUGGUGGAGAAAUUCGAAGCCAACGUCAAGGUCCUUCAGCAGCUAGGGGAGAAGGUCCAAUACUGGGACAUUCUACUGCUUCGGAUGCUUAGUAUUCGCCUUGACCCGACAACGAGAAGAGACUGGGAGGAAUUUUCGACUACGAAGGAUGCCAUUUGUUUCAAGGACCUGACGUCAUUCAUCCAACGUAGGGUCACCGUACUGCAGAACAUCCAGAGCACUACGGUAGAUGUCCCUAUUUCCGGCCAAGUGAAGAAGCCUUCUCAACGACCAGUCGCAAGUAACAAUGCUGCACCGGUCAACGCAAGAAAGUGCAUCGUCUGCAACAGUCAUCAUCCACUCUACCAGUGUGCGACGUUUUCCAAGAUGAGUCCGGAGGAUAAGGAGAAGGAAGUUCGUCGCAAUCAUCUCUGUCGGAACUGCUUGCGUAAGGGGCAUCAAGCGAGGGACUGUUCGUCAACGAGUACCUGUCGGAAAUGUCGGGGCAGGCAUCAUACUCAGAUUUGUUCCAGUCAACAACCAACCAGCUCAGGUCAGAAGACAACCAACUACACAGAUGAAAGGUCUACGCCUGCUGCAUCUACCAGCAAUCCACCCACUGCAUCUGUGUCAGCCACCAUCGAGCCUGCCAGUUUCGCUUCCGUUAGUCAAGGACGGAAGGCAAUUCUACUUGCUACUGCUGUAGUCAUCGUUGUCGACGACAGUGGAAGCGAGCACACAGCACGUGCGUUGCUAGAUUCCGGUAGCGAAUGCUGUUUCGUUACCGAAUCAUUCUCCCAGCGACUCAAAGCGCAACGGAAGAAGGUCCAUCUUCCGAUAGCUGGCAUCGGUCAAUCGUCGACGCAUGCUAGGCACAAAUUGUCAACCACAAUUCGCUCUCGCACAGGAAGGUAUUCGACUAGUUUGGAAUUUCUAGUUCUUCCCAAAAUUACCAUCGAUCUGCCGUCGACUUCUGUUGAUACUUCGGCCUGGGAGAUUCCGCCGAGUAUACAGCUAGCUGAUCCGUCAUUCUGCAGCACCAACCCAAUCGAUCUCAUCUUGGGAGCAGAAAUUUUCUUCGACUUGUUCAAGGUCUCUGGUCGAAUUCCGCUUGGCGAUAACCUUCCGGUACUCGUGAACUCCGUUCUUGGCUGGGUAGUGUCGGGAAGGUCUUCUCAUGGUCAACCGAUUGCUCCAAUCGUCGCAAAUGUCGCCACCGUCUAA